AGCAUACUUUAACAAAGCCGUAGGCUUUCGUUUGUAACUUUCAUCAAUGGUUGAGUCAGCUAGCCGUUCAGUCACUGGCAGUUCAUAUCUGUGUCUAUUAAUUCCGAGUCUUUCCAAAAAUCUGUAAACUUUUUUUUAUGUCAAAAAUAAGUUUUUGCUCGAGCAGAUCCUUAAGCAACUUUUAACUCACUCGUGACUACAAGAAAAUUCACUGAAUGGGCUGGUUAAUUAAAUACAGAGCCGCUAUUUGAAAGAAAAAAAUAUAUAUAUAUAUAUCAAAGAUGCCAGACACCGAAUUUUUGGAUUCAAAAGAUACUGAUUUCGACAAAAGCUUUGACUCUCGAAUUGUACGGUCGAAAAUAGCGAAGAGAGAUACUGACAGUGAUUACAUAUUAAAUAAAAAUCCACAUUACAGUAAAGUAUACGAUAAAGUAUUCCGAAAGUCAAUAGAUAAUCCAGAAGAAUUUUGGGCCGAAGUUGCCGAAGGAGUUGAAUGGAGCAAAUAUUGGGAUAAAGUUAUAGAUAAUUCUAAUGAACCCUUCACUAAAUGGUACGUCGGUGGUGAAAUAAACGCAUGUCACAAUGCAGUAGAUCGUCAUGUAAAAGCUGGUUAUGGUAAAAAAGUUGCUCUUAUUCACGACAGCCCGUUGACAUCGACGAUACGGAAAGUAACGUACGAUGAACUCUUGGAAAAAACAUCGCGGCUCGCCGGCGCAUUAGCUAACAUGGGUGUGCAAAAAGGCGACCGUGUUUUAAUUUACAUGCCCCUCAUUCCAGAAACAAUUAUCGCUAUUCUAGCCAGUGCUCGUCUCGGCGCAGUUCACUCUGUUGUUUUUGGCGGUUUUGCCCCAAAUGAAUUGGCAACGCGGAUUGAUCACGCGGAGCCAAAAGUUAUUAUCGCCGCUAGCUGCGGACUCGAGCCUACUCGGAUUAUCAAAUACACAACGAUGGUCGAAGAAGCGAUGGAAUUAAUCUCAGUGCGCAGACCAAAGUGUAUUAUAUUCCAGCGUCGGAAUGUGUGGGAAGCUCCAUUACAAAGUUAUCAAGAAGACUUUGAUGAGUUGAUCGAACAAUCGCUACCUCAUCCUUGUGUACCAGUUGAAGCUAAUGAUCCCCUUUAUAUUUUGUAUACAUCAGGAACUACCGAUAAACCAAAAGGUAUACAGAGACCAGUAGGUGGACAUAUAGCGACUCUCUGCUGGACAAUGAAGACUAUUUAUGGGAUGGAUAAAAACUCGGUGUGGUGGGUGGCCUCGGACCUUGGGUGGGUAGUCGGACUCUCUUACAUUUGUUACGCGCCCCUUCUUUACGGAAUAACCAGCGUUAUGUACGAGGGUAAACCCGACCGCACUCCUAAUGCGAGCCAGUACUUUAGAAUCAUUGAGCAACAUGCAGUCAAUGCUCUCUUCACGGUUCCAACAGCCUUCAGAGUUCUCCGUCGCGCUGAUCCAGAGACUAUUUUAGGCAGAAAUUAUUCUCUGAAAUCAUUAAGAACAAUAUUCGUCGCUGGUGAACACUGCGAUUACGAAGCUAAAUCUUGGGCAGAAAGUGUAUUCAAAGUACCGAUUCUCAACCACUGGUGGCAAACGGAAACAGGUCACGCGAUCACGGCGACUUGUCUCGGCCUCGGCCACAGCUUAAAUCCCCCAAAACACUGCACAGGAAUGCCGUUCCCUGGGUACAACGUUGAAAUUUUACGCGAAGACGGGAGUAAAGCGUCGACUCACGAAUUAGGAAGAAUCGCAAUAAAAUUACCUCUGCCACCAGGAACCAUGUCCACGCUGUACAAAGCGCCAGAGCGUUUUAAAGAUAUUUAUUUUUCAAAAUAUCCCGGAUACUAUGACACUAUGGACGCGGGAAAUAUUGAUGAAUAUGGAUACGUUUAUGUUACUGCGAGAGAUGAUGACAUAAUAAAUGUGGCUGGACAUAGACUAUCAACAUCAGCUCUGGAAGAUGUUGUAAUGAGUCAUCCGGAUAUUGUUGACACUGCUGUUGUUGGCGUACCUGAACCGACUAAAGGAGAAAUUCCACUGUGUCUUUAUGUUAUGAGAGACGAUGCGACUAGUAAUGAAGAGCAAAUAAAUCAGGAACUAAUAAUUAAAAUGAGACAGCUCAUUGGGCCGAUAGCUUCAUUCAAAGUCGCUGCUGCAGUUCGAGCAUUACCGCGAACACGUUCAGGAAAAACAAUUCGUAAAUCAAUCGCUGACAUUGCGCGAUCAAGAGCUAUCAAAAUACCGAGCACUAUUGAAGAUGCCAACGUCUUCGUUGAUAUCAAGCGAGCUCUGAAGAAGCUGGGCUACGCCAAAACCGCACCAGACCCCCAAUAACUUGAUACACUUGAAUAUACAUAUAUAUAUACAUAUAAUAAAUAUUUAUAGUAGUAACAUGUAAUUAUUAUUUAUAAAAAUGUGUAAUGAAGUAUAAAACAAUUUUUAUUGGAAAAUGUUUUUUAUACAUAAAUUUAUAACAUAAAAUUGA